CUCGCCGCUCUUGUCCUUCCUCCCGCUUUUUCUUCUCUCUCUUCACGGUCUCAAGAUGCCUUCGGCCACCAGCCACAGCGGAAGCGGCAGCAAGUCGUCUGGACCGCCACCGCCGUCGGGCUCCUCCGGGAAUGAGGCGGGGGCCGGGGCCGCCGCGCCGGCUUCUCAACACCCCACGUCCGGCACCGGGGCUGUCCAGACCGAGGCCAUGAAGCAGAUUCUCGGGGUGAUCGACAAGAAACUUCGGAACCUGGAGAAGAAGAAGGGCAAGCUUGAUGAUUAUCAGGAACGAAUGAACAAAGGGGAAAGGCUUAAUCAAGAUCAGCUGGAUGCCGUAUCUAAGUACCAGGAAGUCACAAAUAACUUGGAGUUCGCAAAAGAAUUACAGAGGAGUUUCAUGGCGUUAAGCCAAGAUAUUCAGAAAACAAUAAAGAAGACAGCACGUCGGGAGCAGCUUAUGAGAGAGGAAGCUGAACAGAAACGUUUAAAAACAGUACUUGAGCUGCAGUAUGUUUUGGACAAACUGGGAGAUGAUGAAGUGAGAACUGACCUGAAGCAGGGUUUGAAUGGAGUGCCAAUAUUGUCUGAAGAGGAAUUGUCGUUGUUAGAUGAGUUCUACAAAUUAGCAGACCCUGAACGAGACAUGAGCUUGAGGUUGAAUGAGCAGUAUGAACAUGCCUCCAUUCACCUGUGGGACUUGCUAGAAGGAAAGGAAAAACCUGUAUGUGGAACAACUUAUAAAGCUCUAAAGGAAAUUGUUGAGCGUGUUUUCCAGUCAAACUACUUUGACAGCACCCACAACCACCAGAACGGUCUGUGUGAGGAAGAGGAGGCAGCCUCAGCACCUACAGUUGAAGACCAGGUAGCUGAAGCUGAACCUGAGCCAGCGGAAUACACUGAACAAAACGAGGUUGAAUCAACAGAGUAUGUAAAUAGACAAUUUAUGGCAGAAACACAGUUCAGCAGUGGUGAAAAGGAGCAGGUAGAUGAAUGGACAGUUGAAACUGUUGAGGUGGUAAACUCACUCCAGCAGCAGCCUCAGGCUGCAUCUCCUUCAGUACCGGAACCCCACUCUUUGACCCCAGUGGCUCAGGCUGAUCCCCUCGUGAGAAGACAGCGAGUACAGGACCUUAUGGCACAAAUGCAGGGGCCCUAUAACUUCAUACAGGAUUCAAUGCUGGAUUUUGAAAACCAGACACUUGAUCCUGCCAUUGUAUCUGCACAGCCGAUGAAUCCAGCGCAGAACAUGGACAUACCCCAGCUGGUUUGCCCUCCAGUUCAUUCUGAAUCUAGACUUGCUCAACCUAAUCAAGUUUCUGUACAACCAGAAGCUACACAGGUUCCUUUAGUUUCAUCCACAAAUGAAGGAUAUACAGCAUCUCAACCCUUGUACCAACCUUCUCAUGCUACUGAGCAACGACCACAAAAGGAACCGAUUGACCAGAUUCAGGCAACGAUCUCUUUAAAUACAGACCAGACUACAGCAUCAUCAUCCCUUCCUGCUGCUUCUCAGCCUCAAGUGUUCCAGGCUGGGACAAGCAAACCUUUACAUAGCAGUGGAAUCAAUGUAAAUGCAGCUCCAUUCCAAUCCAUGCAAACGGUGUUCAAUAUGAAUGCCCCAGUUCCUCCUGUUAAUGAACCAGAAACUUUAAAACAGCAAAAUCAGUACCAGACUAGUUAUAACCAGAGCUUUUCCAGUCAGCCUCACCAAGUAGAACAAACAGAGCUUCAGCAAGAACAGCUUCAAACAGUGGUUGGCACUUACCAUGGUUCCCAGGACCAGCCCCAUCAAGUGACUGGUAACCACCAGCAGCCUCCUCAGCAGAACACUGGAUUUCCACGUAGCAGUCAGCCCUAUUACAACAGUCGUGGUGUGUCUCGUGGAGGUUCCCGUGGUGCUCGAGGCUUGAUGAAUGGAUACAGAGGACCUGCUAAUGGAUUCAGAGGAGGAUAUGAUGGUUACCGCCCUUCAUUCUCUACUAACACUCCAAACAGUGGUUAUACACAGUCUCAGUUCAGUGCUCCCCGGGACUACUCUGGCUAUCAGCGGGAUGGAUAUCAGCAGAAUUUCAAGCGAGGCUCUGGGCAGAGUGGACCACGGGGAGCCCCACGAGGUCGUGGAGGGCCCCCAAGACCCAACAGAGGGAUGCCGCAAAUGAACACUCAGCAAGUGAAUUAAUCUGAUUCACAGGAUUAUGUUUAAUCGCCAAAAACACACUGGCCAGUGUACCAUAAUAUGUUACCAGAAGAGUUAUUAUCUAUUUGUUCUCCCUUUCAGGAAACUUAUUGUAAAGGGACUGUUUUCAUCCCAUAAAGACAGGACUACAAUUGUCAGCUUUAUAUUACCUGGAUAUGGAAGGAAACUAUUUUUACUCUGCAUGUUCUGUCCUAAGCGUCAUCUUGAGCCUUGCACAUGAUACUCAGAUUCCUCACCCUUGCUUAGGAGUAAAACACAAUAUACUUUAAUGGGGUGAUAUCUCCAUAGUUAUUUGAAGUGGCUUGGAUAAAGCAAGAUUGACUUCUGACAUUGGAUAAAAUCUACAAAUCAGCCCUAGAGUCAUUCAAUGGUAACUGACAAAACUAAAAUAUUUCCCUUGAAAGGAAGAUGGAAGGAGUGGAGUGUGGUUCGGCAGAACAAAUGCAUUUCACACCUUUUCCGGUUAAAUUGGAGCACUGAACAUUUAGAUGCAUACCAAAUUAUGCAUGGGCCCUUAAUCACACAUACAAGGCUGGGUACCAGCCUUAGGCUUUGACACGGCACUAUUCAUCCUCUGGCCAGAUGACUGUGGUUUAAGACACAUGUAAAUUGCUUUUUAACAGCUGAUACUGUAUAAGACAAAGCCAAAAUGCAAAACUAGGCUUUGAUUGGCACUUUUUGAAAAAUAUGCAACAAUUAAGGGAUAUAAUCUGGAUGGCCGCUUCUGUACUUAAUGUGAAAUAUUUAGAUACCUUUUGAACACUUAACAGUUCUUUGACAAUGACUUUU